AUGGGAAAGGCCCCGCUGGAAGCUGUGUUUGCAGACUCCAGCGACAUGAAUGAGUCGUUUGCUCACCUACACUUUGCAGGAGGCUACCUGCCAUCUGACUCCAAGGACUGGAGGACCAUCAUUCCGUCUCUCUUGAUGGCUGUGUGCCUGGUGGGCCUCCUGGGAAACCUGUGUGUGAUUGGCAUUCUCCUUCAUGGUGUCUGGAAAAGAAAGCCAUCCACAAUCCACUCCCUGAUUCUGAACCUCAGCCUGGCUGACAUCUCUCUCCUGCUCUUUUCGGCCCCUGUCCGAGCUACAGCAUACGCCAGAGGUGUCUGGGAUCUAGGCUGGUUCGUCUGCAAGUCCUCCGACUGGUUCCUCCACGCGUGCAUGGCAGCCAAGAGUUUGACCUUUGCUGUGGUAGCCAGAGCAUGCUUCAUGUAUGCAAGGGACCCAGCCAAGCAAGUGAGUAUCCGCAGCUGCACCAUCUGGUCAGUGCCGGUGGCCAUCUGGGUUGUAGCCAGCCUACUUCCCCUGCCGGAAUGUUUUUUCAGUACCACCAGACGUCACGCAGGUGUGGAAAUGUGCCUCAUGGAUGUGCCAGCUGUGGCAGAAGAAUUCAUGUCAAUGUUUGGUAAGCUCUACCCUCUGCUGGUGUUUUGCCUUCCUUUACUUCUGACUGGCUUUUAUUUCUGGCGAGCUUAUGGCCAAUGUAGGAAACGAUAUACGAAAACCCAAAAUCUGAGACACCAGAUGCGUUCAAAGCAACUCACAGUGAUGCUGCUAAGUGCUGCAGUCACCUCUGCUCUCCUGGGGCUCCCGGAAUGGGUGGCCUGGCUGUGGCUGUGGCAUCUGAAAGCCGGCGGGCCAACACCACCACAGGGUUUCAUAGCCCUGUCUCAAGUCCUCAUGUUUUCCAUCUCCACAGCAAACCCUCUCAUUUUUCUAGUGAUGUCUGAAGAGUUUAAGGCAGGCUUGAAAGGCCUAUGGAAAUGGAUGAUAACCAGAAAGCCUGCGGUUACCUCAGAGGCUCAGGAGGUACCAGCUGGAAACACAGACCCCCUUCCUGGUAGAGCUCCAUCUCCAGAGACCCAAACAUGCAUUCCAGACACAGGCAGAUGUGGCUCUGCGGACUCCAGCAAAGAGAAAACUGGUAAGGUGGUGGUUCCCACCCUCCCCGACGUGGAACAGUUUUGGCACGAGAGGGAUGCUGUCCCUUUAGCACAAGACAACGACCCUGUGCCCUGGGAACAUGAAGGCCAAGAGACAGAGGGCUGCAACGAACAGACUUAAGUGUCAAAGAAUAGCAAAUUGUGUCACUACUGUAUUUACUUGUACCGCUGCUCAGCAAUAUC